UCACGUCUGAACUUCAGUCGGCUCGGCUCGCCGGAGAGGGGCUCCUUCUGUGCGUCUCUGCGUAUCCAAUCACCAAUUCCUCGGAGAGGUAGCAGACAGCCUCGGGGAGACAGUUUUUUAGAAGCGUAAUGGCAGAGUCCGAGUGCAGAGCGCCGCUGUCACCAAGACCGUAACGAGACACGCUAAUAAUCUGAACGCACGCUUCUGUGUGUGUGAGUGAGUGUAAGAGAGAGAGAGAGAGGGAGCGAGCGAGAGAGAGAGAGCGCGACUGCGAGUUUCUGCGAGGUCUGCCAGCCUUCUCCCCGUCACACAGCCCAGGAUUAUUGUUCACGUCUUGCACUGCGAGCACCGACUGCGCGAGUGGACUGCCUGUUGUGCCUUCUCCUUCACUCCUUUCUUCAUAUUUUGUAUUGGCAUUGUGACUUCUUUACUAGGAAAUGGCAACACCAGCGAUUGGAAAAGGAACAAAACUGGGAAAAGAGGGAGGAAAUCUGAACUAAAUGACAGGAUGCUGGAGACCUCGGACACAAAAUCACGAAUUUUCUUCAUCGUGUAGACAUUGCUGCGCAAAGUGAAGUGGGAACAAUACAGCUGAUUUACCCCUGAGGAGUUUAUUUUCUUUUUUUCCUUUUCAUUCUACCAUUUGAACAAUAUGAGGAUGUAUUGUGGAAUAGUGCUAGCUGGAAUCUUUCUUCUAACCACCAGCGCUUCUAAACCCGAACAAUGCGGUGGCGAUAUAAAAAUUAAAGAACCUGGCUACCUGACCUCGCCUGGAUAUCCAAACCAGUACUUCCCGUACCAGAACUGUGUUUGGAUAAUCCAAGCACCGGAGCCUUAUCAGCGGAUUCUGAUCAACUUUAACCCACAUUUCGAUCUGGAGGACAGGGAAUGCAAAUAUGACUACGUGGAGGUUCAUGAUGGUGGUGAUGAAAACUCUCAUCUCCUAGGGAAGUAUUGUGGAAAGAUUGCUCCUUCACCUUUGCAGUCAACAUCUCCUCUGCUCUAUAUCAAAUUUGUGUCAGACUAUGAAACUCAUGGAGCUGGUUUUUCAAUCCGUUUUGAAGUCCUCAAAACAGGAGCAGAAUGUUCCAGAAACUUUACCAGGUCCAGUGGAGUGAUUAAAUCACCAGGAUACCCUGAAAAAUAUCCCAAUAAUCUGGAAUGCACGUACAUUAUUUUUGCCCCAAACAUGGAUGAAAUUGUGCUCGAUUUCGAAAAUUUUGAUUUGGAGGCUGAUAGUAACCCACCACAUGGAGCUGUUUGUCGGUAUGAUCGACUGGAAAUCUGGGACGGCAUUCCAGGAGUUGGAGCCUUUAUUGGCCGAUACUGUGGGCAGAACUCCCCAGGACGAAUCCGAUCUUUCACUGGCGUCCUCUCCAUCUACUUACAGACUGAUAAUGCCAUAGCCAAGGAGGGCUUUUCGGCAAACUUCACAGUCAUUACAAAGUCAACUGUUGAAGAGGAGAUAAGUUGCCUGGAGCCCUUGGGAUUGGAAUCUGGAGACAUUACCUCAGAUCAGAUCACUGCCUCUUCCCAGUACAAUACAGACUGGUCACUGGAGAGGUCAAGACUGAACUACCGUGAGAAUGCAUGGACUCCAGCCUCAGACAACACUAAAGAAUGGAUUCAGGUUGACUUCGGAUUUCUGCGCAUGAUAUCUGCAAUUGGGACACAAGGAGCGACUUCAAAAGAAACCAAACUUAUUUACUAUGUGAAGUCAUAUAAAGUUGAUGUCAGCAGCAAUGGAGAAGACUGGAUAACUGUGAAGGACGGCUCAAAGCAUAAGAUUUUCCAAGGGAACACAAACCCCACAGAUGUCGUCGUGGGUCAUCUUUCCAAGCCUAUCCUCACACGCUUUGUUCGUAUCAAGCCACUGACAUGGCAGGAAGGCAUAGCCAUGCGAUUUGAAAUUUAUGGCUGCAAAAUCUCAGACUACCCUUGUUCUGGAAUGCUGGGAAUGGUAACGGGCCUUAUCACAGAUGGUCAGAUAACAGCUUCUAACCAUGGAGACAGAAGUUGGAAUCCUGAAAAUGCCCGGCUCCUAACCAGUCGCUCAGUGUGGACACUGCCAGCACAAAGUCAGCCGUAUACCAAGGAGUGGCUGCAGAUUGACUUGAGUGAAGAGAAGAAAGUCCAUGGUCUCAUCAUCCAAGGUGGAAGACACAGGGAGAACAAAGUCUUCAUGAGAAAGUACAAGAUUGGCUACAGCAACAAUGGAUCAGACUGGAAGAUGAUUUUGGACUCCAGUGGCUUAAAACCAAAGAUAUUUGAAGGAAAUAGUAACUAUGACACACCCGAAAUGAGAACAUUUGAUGUCCUGCUCACAAGGUUCAUUCGUAUCAUCCCUGAGCGUGCUUCACUUUCAGGGUUUGGUCUGCGUGUUGAACUGCUCGGCUGUGAAAUUACAGCCCCAACCUCUGUUCCCAGCACCACAGCGACAUCUCUGGUGGAUGAAUGUGACGAUGAUCAAGCCAACUGUCACAGUGGCACAGGUGAUGACUACGAUCUGACAGGUGUCAGCUUCACGCCAUCAACUGAGGAGCCUACCGAAACCACGACGAGUACAGUAAAAGAAAUGUCUGACUUCAACUGUAACUUCGGCAUGUCCCUCAAGCAGACACUAUGUGGCUGGCAACAAGAAGAGGGAAAUAAUUUCCCGUGGAUAUUGCAAUCAAGUGGGAAGCCAAGCACAGGCUCAUUUGAGGAUCAUAGCGGAGGUGGCAACUUCCUCUGUGCCCAGGCCAAUGGAAAUCCAGAGAACAAUGUUGUGCGACUGCUAGGUCCCUCGAUGACACCUUCGAAUUCUUUUCUAUGCAUGUCGUUCUGGUAUCACAUAGUUGGAUCUCACAUUGGUACACUGUCAAUCAAGCUGAGGACAGCAACCACAACGGCCCCAGAGGGCAGAGUGGAUUUUGUCCUAUGGACCUUGAGUGGGCAUCAAGGCAAUCGCUGGAGAGAGGGCAGAGUCAUUAUUCCUGAGACUACAGAAAAUUAUCGGGUGGUCAUUGAAGCAGACAUUUCAAAGAACAGCUGGGGAGACAUUGCAGUGGACGACAUUGAGAUUUUAGAGUUAAAUAAUUCUCAGGAAUGCAGAGACCCAGAGCCUCCAUUCGACCCUACAGUUUCUUUUGGUAAUGACAUUGAUGAUAUUGUGGAACCUAACAUUUACCCCAAUCCUGGAAAUGACAUUGAAGAGAGUCCGGGUAAUAUGCUAAAAACAUUAGAUCCUAUUCUAAUUACCAUCAUUGCCAUGAGCGCAUUAGGAGUCUUCCUGGGUGCCAUCUGCGGGGUCGUCCUCUAUUGUGCCUGUUCUCACAGCGGAAUGGGGGACAGAAACUUAUCUGCCUUGGAGAAUUACAAUUUUGAACUUGUGGAUGGUGUGAAACUUAAAAAAGAGAAACUGAACACAAUGAAUUCAUAUUCAGAGGCAUGAAACUAAACACAGAGGCAAAGAGAGGCUGGGCUUUUAGAAAUGCAGAAGAAAACUCUAUUUUAUCUUUCAAAAAGAGACAGAAUUGCUGAGUCGUGUCCGACUGUGACUGAGCCAAGUUUUUCUCAGGAGCUACAGUGAAUGAAACCUGCAAAUAGGGACACUGUGUAUAAAAGUGAAAUAUGUACAGUUAGAUUUUUUUUUUUUUUUUUUUAAGAGGGUUUUUAAAAUUCUUUUACUUCAAACAAUCAGAUGCUGGUGGUGAGACCAAUUAAGAUAAUGCUUUAAGCAUUAAUCCAUAUUUGGAAGUUUUUUUAUUUUGUUUUUUUUGUUUUGUUGAGUUUUGUUAAAAAAUUCAAUUACAGAUACUACCAUACUGACAAAAAUGUAGUAAUGCCGUUAUAAGGGACAGAAGCAAAAGUCUAUCCAGGUCACCAUCUGUGACCUGUGCAGUUCCUGCCGUGCCUUAUUACAUCUUUGUUGGUCUCUUUUGUCUAUUUUUUUAAUUAUAAGAUGAUUUAGUAGCAACAAAAUCACUACCUGGUCAAGGGAGGCGUUUCUCUAAUUCCCUUACAGAUGAAACGUGACUAGGAUGUUGUAUAUAAGUUUAUUUUUUGUAUCUCCCUAAACGUAAGCUGCAGUAUCCCUUUCCUUUGGUUAUAAAUGUUAAGUCCUGUCACUUUCAAUUUCUUAUGUAGCAAAAAAAUAAUAAUAAUAAUAAGCGCACAUCACCGCUGUUAUCGCUGCUAUUGUCAUGCCUAAAUGAAGUGGAGCAGUGCGACUUUAUUAACGUUUCAAGACUGAAUUCAGGAAAUGAAGGAAGAAGAUAACGUGUCACAAGGCUUCAGGUCACACAAACCCGUUCCCUAAAGCAGACUGUGCAGUCUGAGCCUUAAGAAUGGUUUGUUGGGGAAUAAAUGUGCAUGGCACCCAGCUCCAGCAAGCACCUUGGCAUCUGCAAACUGUAACUCAGAAGACUGGAAGCAACGUUUCCUUGGAAUAGGAUCUCAUGCCACCGGAUUUUUGCUUGUGUGUGUGUUACAGGAGAUGACGAAGUAACACGAUUUUGCUGAGACUGAUGUCCACUGAGACAAAUGUAAAAGAGGUGAACGUGCAGUAUGUUAUCAUCAAAAGUCCCUGGACACCUAAGGUUAUUAUUACUAAAAAUUGACCUUACCAUUGCAAAGUUCCAUUUAGCAGGUUACUGGCAUUUGCAGCCGACACUGGCUUCUGUGUUUUGUUUUGUUUUUUUUCUGUUUGGUGUGCACGGGGCCUUUUCAGUCUUUAUGUAUAUACAUGUGUGUAUAUGUGUGCCUAUAUGAUACGAACAUGUGAGUGUGUAUGUACAGUAUGUAUGUGUAUAUAUUUUUAUAGAAACACACAGAUGCACACACUUACUUACUUACGUGUGUGCGUGUGUGUGUGUGUGUGUGUGUGUGUGCGUGUUAGACAUGUAUCAGUAAGCAAUAUGUGGCCCUCCCAGACUUUACCCUAACUAACCAGUGUUCUGGAAACAUGGUUUUAUUUUGUUGUUUUUAUUUUUAUUAUUAUUAUUAUUUUGUUUUGCUGUGUGCCAUUUUUUUUAAACAAAAGACAAGAGACUGUGCUCUUUAAAUGCAAAGAUAAAUGGGAAUGUCAGGGUGUUUUUAUUGAAUGCUUUAGAUUUCAGAUUCAGGUCUAUUAUAAGCUGUCUGCUUUCUCUUUAAGACGGUUAGAGAACAAAUCAUUUGCUGCAGAAGUGUAUAUUCCCACUCCUUUUGGUAAACAUUUGAGUAUCUUUUCACUGGACUUGCUCACGUUUGGCGCAAGUGCCUAAUCCAAAGUAACGCCUCGAAUGUUCAGUAACAUGUGCAACAAAGACUUUUGCUGUACCCUGAGCACUUAACCGUAAUGACGCUAUACGCCAGGGAUGUCCGGCUCUGAUUUCGGAGGGCCAUUUUCUAAAUCAACGGCCAAUUUCCAGUCUGCAUUGACUUGUUUUCCUCUCAUUUUAACUGGCUUGUUCUUUAAGGCUUGAGAUUGUUUCUUUUUUCUGAAAUGAGCCAACAGAUGACCAACUAAGUCCAGACAAUUUCCCUCCCAGCCAGUUCUCAUUGUUCAUGUAAUUCUAUGAUUUGGUGGUGCUGUCAUACUGCCACUGCAAACAUUUCUAAAACUGUACAUUUUCAUUUUUCUAAAAGCACCGUCCAAAGGUUUUUGUGGACCUGAGCAGAUCUGUGAAUUUCCCCUUAGGAUGAAUAAAGUUUUUAUCUAUCUAUCUAUCUAUCUAUCUAUCUAUCUAUCUAUCUAGAUCAACCUUUGUGAGACCUUCACGUUUCUUUAUCUUCGGAUAUUGUAUGAUGGACACAGGUCAUCUUUUGGCACCUCAUUAUUGUUUGGCUGCUCAUUAAGGAAAAAGAAGCAAAAGAUCUGGGUUUUAUAUAGCAAGUCAAUUCACAUUAAGACAAACGACUUCAUUAGCAGCAAAAACUGGUCACUCAUUUAGGAAAGUAGUUAGAAUGAAGACCUGUAGCCACUGUGGCCCUCCAGGAUCAGAGUUGGACACCCCUGUAAUAGACAUAUAACUCAAUGAAUGUGUGCAAAGUGUGGGUAUAACCACGAGGUUGUCAGUUGUCCCAUCGGUAAGAGCGGACUUGUGCUGAUUAAAUACUUUAGCCGAGCUUGUGCUAAAUGGUGACCUUACAGAUGAGUCGAGUUAUGUCAAGGUAGGCAAAGCAAAGAUGCAUCGUACAGAACGACAGAUCACCUAGAGUGGGAUCCAAUAGAAAGACUGCAGCCAUACACAUGUACACAACAGAAGAUCACAAAUGAAUUGAUAGAAGUAGGCAAUCGGCGGCCCUGCUGAAAUGGGCUUACAUAUUCUGUCAUAAAGAAAUGCAAACGGCUUCCAGUUCUGCAGUGUUAUAAAAGUGUUCCUCGACCUGCCCAUGCUGUCACUGCCAGGAGCUAUACAUCUGUGUGUCCAUUUAAGGAUUCAUUCGCUCUCGUCAAGUCACUUCAAUUGAAGCAAAUGUAGUCUUAGGCAUUGUAUGUUUGUUAUUAGCGUCAAUUCAGUAAGAUUUCAUUUCCAUUGUAUUGAAGAUCAGUUCAUUGGUCUUCGUGUUUCAGUGUGCUCAUACUGUAUAUCUUACACCUAUUCCAGUCCAUGCCAUACGAUUCCCAAAGCCAUGUAAUACAAUUCAGGACUGUGUCUGUGUGUGCAUAUUACAUAUAUAGACACGAUACACCGAGCCCAUAAAGAAAUGGAGCGCCCUUCACAGCUUUGUAGCCCAAUAAGUACUAAACAAGGCAGCAUCGUGCUUGUAUGAAAACAAAGAGGAACUCAGUAAGUCUCGAUAUGAGCCCCAUUCAUUGAUCAAGGCUUCCCAUGAUGCUGUGCUUCACUCCCUGUACUGACAGUCGUGUUUCUCUUUUACGUAUCGCGAAUUUUAUUCAGCAUAGCUGCAUUUCUUUACAAUCCAAGAGUGUUAGAUCUGGACUUCAAGACAGUGAUCCCCUUCUUGAUUGUUUUAGUUAUUAGUUUAACUGGCAGA